AUGGCUAUCACUUCCGCUUUUCUUAUCCUUCUUUCUCUUUCGUCACUGUCUUUAGGUGUGCCAGUGGCAUUUGAUGAUGGCCAAUAUCACCCAGAAUAUGACAAUAGCAUUGGCAAUGGAAAUCAAAUUGUCCAACCAACAGCCGUGGCGGAAGUGACUUCAGCCGCGGCGGAAGUGACUUCGACGAGGUCGAGGGCUUCGAGGACGUCGACGAGUUCCGUCCCUACAGCCACUGCAACAGCCUCGACUGGAGGUGGUGGGUUUACCGGAUCUGGGGGGCCCGCCGCCUAUACGCUCUUCAGGGGAGAUGGGACACAAGCUUCGGGGUGGCCAACUAUCAGUCAGUGGCUCAGCUUUGAACAAAUGUUCGCAAACAACAAACCAAUAAUGGCAGCUUCUUGUGCUCCGGCCGCAGAAAACAAUAGUGAAGAAGAAAUUACAGCCAUCAAACAGGCCAUCCUUUCAGAAUCCGCAUCUACCGGCGUGGACCCACGCUUCAUCCUCGCAACCAUAAUGGAGGAAUCCACCGGUUGUGUGCGUGUCAGGACAACCACUUCCCCCGACGGCAUCAUCAACCCUGGCCUGAUGCAAGACCACGAGGGUACUGCCAGCUGUUUUGGAAAAGCUGCACCUUGCCCUCCGGAGACAAUCAGUCUAAUGAUCGCCGAAGGCACUACGGGAACUAACGGCGGCGCUGGCCUCAAAGGGACGUUGGCACAGGCUGUGGGCAUGGGGGCCAAAGAUGCUACUGCUGUUUAUGUGGCGGCUAGGAUAUACAACUCUGGGUCAUAUCCUGGGGGGGACUUAGCUGCUAGUGCGGCUACCGCUUGCUAUGCGUCAGAUAUUGCUAAUCUACUGGUGGGCUUUGCUGGUGCAACGAGUCCGUGUAAGACGGGAGCUGCUGGGACUCUCUAG